GUGAAAAGCUAGAAUAUUUAAAGAGUUGGAGCUGCAUCCAAUGUUAAAAUGGCACCAGGUGACUUAAAAAGAAGCUUACGGAACCUAGAGCAAGUAUUACGCACACUAAAUUAUCCUAACGAGGUGGAUUCUGCAGGUUUGAUGAAAGGAGAUGCAGCAGCUUCUUUGCCCAUCAUCAGCUAUUCCCUUACCUCGUACUCACCUUAUGUAACGGAACUCCUGAUGGAUUCCAAUGUAGAACUCAUAGCAAAGAAUGACGUGCGCUUUGUAGAUACUGUCUAUAAGCUUCUUCGUGAUCAAUUUAACUAUAAACCAAUUCUGACAAAAAAGCAGUUCAUCCAGUGUGGAUUUGCUGAAUGGAAAAUCCAAAUAACUUGUGAUAUUUUGAAUUUUGUUAUGAAAAAGCACAAGGAGUUGAGUGGUCAGCAGAAGGCUCCAUCACAACAAAGAGAGAAAAUUGUUUUUAAGUCAGAACCUUCUUCAAGCAGUGAGAAAACAUCUGAAGAACCUGUUGGUGUUGAUAUUACUGGCAAGUUUCUGACUUCAGGAAAGAAAAAAGUGGUGGUGAUCCGUCAUCUGUAUGAUGAAGAUAAUGUUGAAAUUCCUGAAGAUGCAUCAAGUACAGUGACAGAGGUUAAAGAAACAUUUGAUGUGAAUGACAUAAAUACUACUGAAAUAGACAUUCCUGAAGUAAAGGACCCUGAAGUCAAGGCUGAGCAGCAAGAUAUAAAUAUUACUCCUGAGAUUACUGUACUACAGACUAUGCUUGCUGAAUGCCAAGAAAAGCUUAAGAAACUUACUUUCUUGGAGAACAGGUUAGACUAUUUAGAAGAAAAAAUGAAAGGAAAAGUGAUGGUAAAUGAAAAGACCUGGAUUAACCUCCUAAGUCGCGUCACUCUUCUUGAAACAGAAAUGCUUUUAUCAAAAAAGAAUGAUAACUACAUAGAGCUUAAUGAAAUAAAUGAGGACCAUGCUUCUACCAGUAGCAUGAAUCCUGAUAAGAAAAACAAAAUGGAAGGGCAAGCCCAUGUCCCUCUGUCCUCUGGUUACAGCACAGCAUCUUCAGACUCCACUCCCAGAGCCUCGACUGUGAACUACUGCGGGUUAAAGGACUUUUCAGAGGAAACAACAAUCCAGAAAAUGGAAAGGAUGAAAAAAAUGUUUGAAGAGACUGCAGAGUUGCUGAAAUGCCCAAAUCACUAGCUAUAGUAUUUUCUGCAUGAACUUCUCUAAAAUUUUGCUAUUGUACAUGUUGUAUAUUUGAGAAUUCCCUUUAAAUUUUUAAUAUACUGUUUGGUUAAUAAUUUGAAUUCCCUUUCUUAGAGUUUCUUCAUUUCUUAAUGAAUAAAUAGUUUCAUUUUUUUGAGCUGUGAUUACAUUGCUAUUUUCUGUUUCACCUUUCUUAGAAAAAACUUACACCCUAGUACAUUUCUUUUACAGAGUGAAAUCAUUACAGCACUGUAUUUUUAUGUUGACAUUUGUUGGCAGUGUGCUAAGUAAUAUGUUUUUUAAAGUACAGGCUCGAGGGCCAUGGUUUACAUCCUGUUGGAAACACUCCAACAGACUUGCAUAUUGUACCCAGGAGGCUCUCAUGCAUACUGUCUUGCCAUCUGUACUGCGAAUAAGUUGUAAUGAAAAGUUAAAAAUGUUCACUGAAAAUUAAAUAAAACAAAAUACAGCAUUUUAUGCUCAGUAAAA